AUGCAUCGUUGGGGUCCAGUACAUGAAAGUGCUGUUGCGCCGAGUCCCAUUGUUCCGACCUAUCGGCCGGAUCACCAGUGCAAGCGCAGAAUUCCAAGCAUGCCCACCUCGAUCCCUGAUUCUCCAACAAACACCGGAUUUCGUGGACCAAGUGGACCACGACCUCAAGCUCGCUCAGCGGGGAUGGCAGAGCGGCCAUCCCGUAACGAGAAUUUAUCAGAUCUAGUUAGCUUUUUCCAAACGCAAAACAUGCCAACCCCAACAUCUACAGCACCAAUUGGCUCUCCAGAAUCCACAACGGCGCUUCCAAUUGUUGUAUCCCCCGAGCCGAAAGAUUCGACCCCUGAAAUGACCAAAGAGCAACUUAAACCUUUACAUCGUCGACUUCUCCAGUUUACUCAACGACAAAAAAAGGAAUCAACCCCGAAAACAAAGGUUGAUGAUCAUCAAAAGCAGAUAGAGGCUCUACAACGAGAGGGUUAUCUAAUGUCUUCAAAGCCGCCCAAGAGUACUUCUAGCCGUUCGAAAAAUAGCAUGGACAGUUCGAAGAAUAGUUCAAAGACAAGUCUAGAUCGGCCUAAGAGCAGCCUUGAACGAACAUUCUCCAAAUCGAAAAUGCAGGAUAUAGAGGCAAUUGGCCGGCCCUGGCUGAACAGAAGUGAUAGCACUCGCAGCUCAAGCGAACCAAAACGUCGCUUGGCAUCAUUGGAUCUAGACGAUUUUGGCUCCAUGCUCGACGUUGCUGUAUCACUAUCCGAAUAUGAACCAUCACCUCCUCCUUAUCAACGAUCGACUCCCAGUGCACUUGCCUCUCGCAUCACUGAAAUAUCUCCUUCGCAAUCAAGCCUCACACUACCAAUGCCUCGGUCCUCAUCUGAGGCUCGUUCACACAGCAUUGACAGACCCAGGUCGUCGACGACAUCCAUUGUCGAAACUCAAGGAAGUGGAUCAAAGGAUGAUGAUCUGCCACAGCCUUCUAUCUCUACGAGCUCAAGCCUAGAAGUGGUGGAUCAGAAUCAAACCCCCAAAUCACGGCCAACAAGUGAUUCAUCCCCGAGUGUGGCCAUCUCAGAUCAAUCUCAAAACAGUGAACUUGAGCAAGUUCAAGCUAUUGAACAACCCCAAGCACCAGAUCAUUCCCCGCCCAAUCCGCCUACUAAUAACCCUUCGCCUCCAUCAUUGAAGCUUUUCCCCAAUGUGGCGCCCCCUCGUAUGUCUAGCAAGAAUGCAUGGCGACUCUCGGCUACACCCCAGUAUCAGACGACCACCACAAGGACUGCGCCGCCUGUCAAGGCCGAAGUCCAAACGGCACCAAAGAAGAUUCAAGAUGUUUCAGAGAAGCAGCAAAAACAACAGCAGCAGCAAAAGCGAACAGAAACACCCUCAAAGGAUUCCGAGGAGCCGACGUGUUCAGGGGCUCUGGGCACUGCCAUCACCACCGAUUCAACUCCUAAUGAAGUCAGAAAGACAAGUAAUGUCUCUGUUCAAAGUCAGAAGAAAUCGCGCCCACCUUCAUUGGCCUUGGGUACCUUGAAAGCGUUUCCUUUACCAGCUCCAACAAGGCCAUUGCCAUCGAUUCCGAAAUCAAACAAUCUUGCUCCGCCUGUUGACCCAAGAGCUCAUACGGCUGUACGAACAUCUCGGCCUAGUUCCAAGAUGUCUAACAUUCAGUACUCUCAGCCAUCCCCUAUUGCCGAGGAGCCUCGUGAGCCAGAGCCUCGUCCAGCUACUUCCCUUGGUCAAAUAAACGCUGGACAGCCAGCGGAGGAUGAGGACGAUGCAAUGUCCCUCCAAACUACUCCAGAGCGACCCAAGUCAACAUCACCGGAGCAAUACACUCCAAGAAGGCGCUCUUUGAGUGUGGGCAUUCCUCAUAUGAAGGAAGUGCCCGAAAGUCCAAGCCGCAAUGGAGGUCAACAUACGACUCAUCAACCUUUGGCAGAUUCUCCUGUUCUGGGGCAUUUACCCCUUGAGAAGCCAAAUGAAAAACGAGCCACCCGCAAGGGACUUCAAAUCAACCCUCAAGUUGACCGAAAAAAUCUUCCUUUCGGUCUCCCAUCCCCUCCUCCCUCUGCGGCUCUUCCACCAGAUCCAGCAACGCAACAACCCAGCGAGCGUGUGGAGCGUGUGGCUCAUCGUAAUUACACGGCGCCUGUUGGUACCGGACUCAACAUUUCCAAGGGCGUUGAUAUGCCUUUUGGUGCUCCUAACCACCGAGCAUCAAUAAUUUCCCGCAGCAAUAGCUCUCGAAGCAGCCUCCGACACGAAAGCAUUCCCGAAUCAUCGUACGAAGAUUCUAGUCGAGCUGAAUCUCCUCUCCCGUCAUCCGAUGACGAAGGCUUUGGUCCCAACACAGCAAAGAAACGCCUGCAUAUAUAUGACGAGAGCUUGAAGCCGCAUCCAAAGCAGCGUUCUCAUCCAAUGCACCGUGGCUAUGAAACGGUAGAUGGACGCACUAGUCAUGGCCGACCAAGCUACCCACAUCCAGCAAGGUCAUUGACGCCACAAGGCCGUAGAAACCAUGGCUUCGAGAAUUCAUUCUCCCCACAGUCCCAAUACUCCCAAUCGACCAUGCGCUCGCGUGAUUCUCAGAGCAACCACCACGUCUCAGCCUCCGCUCGCGAUGCAAACCAUUUCCUGGAGGAUCGAGUCGCUAAUCUGGAGCGGCAAAAUCAAAUCCUCCAAGCUGCUCUCAUGGCAGCUUUGAAUGCUGGGGUGAAGCCAAACAUUGAUCUGCAUGAGUCUGCUAUUCCUUCCAAUUUUCCUGGAUCAGGACCUGGCAAUCCCUACCAAGGUCGAUUUGCAUCAAGACCGGAUAGCUGGAUGAGCUCCUCUCGGAGUAGUGAUCUCAGCGGAUUUGAAACACCAGGAUCCGUUCGUGAUGCUCGAGCAAAUGCCCGCCAGUUAGACAAUAUGCUUGAAGAUAUUGAAGCUGGUUGGUUAUCGGACAAGUCAAGUGUCGGUGGACCUCGCUCGAUGGGCCGACAGCGUUGA